AGCAGUAACCAAUGGAAUGCGUCCUCUGUCCAUCGGAUAUGUCGGUGGCGGUUGUUAGACAAGCUGUGAUUGGCUGCUCGGCGUGUUGCGGAGGUUAAUGCGUAAUUUCCGUUGUCAAGUGCGCAGCGAUGGAGAGCCGGGGUUGGUAAGCGGCGGAGGCCUCCCGGUGCACCUCGCUCUCCGCGCACACCCCGGGGCAUGAGCCGGGUGCUUGGAAGCACGGGCAGCUGCACACCGAGAUAGAUGAUGAAGAGAAGAGGAUCUGAAAGGGUUUCUGGUGAGACCUCUGCCAGACCCAAGGCACUAUGCAGCGGUAUCUCGGGAAGCACUGCGAAGAGAGCAGGACCAUUCAUUCUGGGUCCACGCUUAGGAAACUCUCCUGUGCCCAGUAUUGUGCAGUGUCUAGCACGGAAGGAUGGCACAGAUGACUUUUACCAGCUGAAGAUACUGAGCUUGGAGGAAAGACCAAACAAAAUUGGGGAGACACAAGAGGAAAGACAAGGCAAAAUGCUGCUGCACACUGAAUAUUCUUUGUUAUCCCUCCUGCACAAUCAAGAUGGAGUGGUCCAUCAUCACGGUCUUUUUCAGGACAGGACAUGUGAAAUUGCAGAAGAUAUGGAUGCCAACAAGCUAGUGAGGAAGAUGCGGAAGCGAAUAUGCCUGGUGCUAGACUGUCUCUGUGCCCACGAUUUCAGUGACAAGACGGCUGACUUAAUUAAUUUACAGCAUUAUGUUAUCAAGGAGAAACGGCUGGGAGAAAGAGAAACUGUGGUCAUCUUCUAUGAUGUUGUCAGGGUAGUGGAAGCCCUACACAAGAAGAACAUUGUACACAGAGACCUGAAACUGGGUAACAUGGUGCUGAACAAAAGAACUCAUAGAAUAACCAUCACCAACUUUUGCCUUGGGAAACACUUGGUGAGUGAAGAUGACCUAUUGAAGGAUCAGAGAGGCAGCCCAGCAUACAUAAGUCCAGAUGUGCUUAGUGGUCGUCCUUACCGUGGAAAGCCUAGUGACAUGUGGGCACUUGGAGUGGUUCUUUUCACCAUGCUGUAUGGUCAGUUCCCUUUCUAUGACAGCAUACCUCAGGAACUAUUUCGCAAAAUUAAGGCUGCAGAAUACUCUAUCCCAGAAGAUGGCCGCGUAUCAGAGAACACGGUCUGUCUCAUUCGGAAGUUGCUAGUUUUGGACCCUCAGCAGCGACUAACUGCAUCAGAAGUCCUGGAGUCUCUUGGUGGCAUCAUAUCCUCAUGGCAAUCCAUGUCCUCCCUGAGUGGCCCACUGCAAGUUGUUCCAGACAUUGAUCAUGUGACAAGUCCAGAAAACUCACAAGAGGCAAAAGAAACAGAAGAACCCUCACAAUAUGAGUUUGAAAAUUACAUGCGACAGCAGCUUCUUUUGGCAGAAGAGAAAAACACAAUCCAUGAAGCCAAAAACUUCCAGCAAAAACGUCACUUUGGAAAUUUCCCCCCAAUUAGAAGACUGGGCUAUGAUGCUCAGCCAAUGAGCCCUUUGGACGCUGCAAUUUUGGCUCAGCGAUACCUUCCACCACCACAUCUGACUCUUCCCAGUUCUCACUAACUUUUUAUUUCUGGAUUCUUUAUCGUCUUUUGAAAUGACUUGCGGGUGGAAGAAUGCCUUUCUGAACUGAAAGGUUUACAUGGUGCUAGACUUCUCCAACACCCCCACUUCCCCUUAUUUUCUUUCCUGAAAAAUAACAUUGCACAUAAGUCCUGGUCAUUGUCCCCCCUCCCCUUGUAAAUCCUAUAGCAAUACUCUUGCAGCACAAGAAAUACUUCUAAUGUAGCAACUUUGUUUUUGAGCAAGGUUUAAGUGUUUGGAUGCUGUUGGCUGUAUCCAAAGCAGGCAUUGGACUGCAGCACUAAGUAAAACUCUCCUUUUUAGAUCUUUUUUUUUUUUUGUAAAUUCCGUCUCCUACCAUCUUACAGUAAGACAUUUUGCAUUCAGCUUUUUUUGUUGAUGUAUACUUAUAUAUAGAUAUAUACAUAGACAUUAAAUCUACCUCCUUUUUUUUUUUUUUUCUUUGAAAUAAAGCAGAGUGUUCCAUGUAGUGGAGACACACAGCAUUAGAAGGAGUCUGCUGUGGAACAGAUUCAUCGUGGAUUUUUGUUUUUUUUGUUAAUAAACAUGCUCCCCCCUUCUAACUAAUGGGGUGGUAUUAUCUAGAUAUUGUGUGUACAUAUAUAAAUAUAUAUAAAUAUAUAUAUCCUUAUACAGAGAUAUAUAUUUGAUAUUGAAUAUCCGCUGGAUUGCAAUAUCCUUGUAGAAAGAAUAAGCUGUGUUAUAACCAUCAGGCUUAUAACGUCCCAUAUUGCAUAACCCUCUCACAUUUAUUUUAUUCUCUUGAUUUUUGUGUAUUUAUUAGCUUGUGUUUUUUUGUUUCCUUAUGUAUCUCAGUCCUUUUGUAAAGCACAGUAGGGUGUAUCUCCGUGUUUGUCUUGAACCUGGAUUGACUGACUUGGGCAUCUUUGUUUAAAAAACCAAAAUACAUAUAUAUAGUAUAUAUUACAUAGUCAUUUGGGCUAUGUAUGCUUGAGACUCACAUUUCUGUGAUUUUGAGUAUUUAUAGCACCAUGCCUCAAAUAUGCUUGGUUAUACUUAUAAAACAAAAACAAAACAUUUUUCCACCCUAUCAGAGACAUUGUUUUCCUCUCUAAAUAAUUCAUAGCAAUUCUUUUUUUUUUUCCUUUCUGGUUUUACAGAAAUGUCUACAUAUGUAUACCCUUUAAAAUUAUCCACAUUCAUAUCACCAUGUAUGGUCUUUGCAUAAGUGAAUAUUACAUAUAUUAAUGAUAUUAGAUGAACACCCUUUUUGAAACGCAGGCAUAAAUGGUGUUUAUAAACUGGUCACCUAAAGAGGAAGCACUGUAUAAUGUAUUCUGUUUUGUGUCAUGUUGCUGAUUUGAUGUUGGCCACAAAUGCUGCCAUAUCUGCACAAGUAUUGGCCAGUUAGCCCAGUAUUGAAGUACCUGACUUCCCAUAACGACUCCAUGCUCUAAGCAUCUGAAAAUGGAUUAUUCUAGAAUUAUAGGAUGUGUUAGUACAUAUGCUCAGAAGAUAGUUAUCAGUUAUCUCUACUGGUUACUUGUCUUUGCAAUCUUUUUCUGAUGGUUUGCCAGUCGCCUGUACUCCAGAAGAGAUCUGGUUACUUAACCUAAAGCAAUGGACUGUGGAACCCUUGUUCAUACUGGCCACUUGUUUGUGCACAGGUUGAUCCUAUCUCUCAGUGAUCAGGCCCAGAUCAUAAGAUUAUACAGUGUGGGGCUUACAUCCUCCUUUGAGUACGAUAUGGUAUCUAUGUCUGAGCACCCAUGCAUGCCGGACAGAGCAUUUUUAAGCUCUGCACUCAGGAUUCCUGCAUGACUCUGUCUAUACCUGUACAUGCAUUUGUGUGAUUCUAUUCAUAACAAUAUUAUGGGUUGACUAAAUUUGAAGAUUUGUUCAAUCACACAGGGCACCUCGUUACAGAAUGUAUGAUCCUAAAUUUCCUGCUGAGGUCAACUACUCCCUGGCUUCAUUUCAAUUACCAUUGACAUGAACGCACAUGUUGACUGACUUUGAAGAUUAUCGUUUGCUUGCUGGAUCUUUCCAAUUGAUUAACGCUGGAUUUCUAAUACAAAUGUUUGCAUUUCAGUCUAUGACGCAUGCAUUUGUAUUUUCUUGUCCUGUCUGUCUGGGAGAUAACAUUGUGUGACAUAUUACAAAAUGUAUAUUUUAAAGGCCCUUGAAGUCUUUUGGUUAUGCAGGGUUCAUUGGGGCAGAUGUAUUAAGCCCGGAGACGGCAUAAGGAAGUGAUAAACCAGUGAUAAGUGCAAGGUGAUAACCGUACCAGCCAAUCUGCUCCUAACAGGUAAUUUACAUAUUGGAGCUGAUUGGCUGGUGCCUUUAUCACUUUGCACUUAUCACUGGUUUAUCACUUCCUUAUGCCUUCUCCAGGUUCAUACAUCUGCCCCAUUGUUACGAAUUGGAUGUGACGCUACAUAUGCAGAGAUUUGCAUCUUACAGAGCUUGCAUACAACGCUACUGUGAUCAUUCUUUCCUAACCAGGUUAAUUGGAUAUCUAAUGUAUAGGCUGUUUAUCAGCACAUACAGACCCUUACUUGUUUUUCUCGAUUAAUGCAGGGUUUUUUUUGUUUUUGUUUGCUUUUUGAACUUGUGAUAGUGUCCUGUAUAGAUAGAAGUGUGUUGCACAUCACACUUGUUCAGUGAGUCAUACUGCUCCAUUGUUUUUAUAGUUUAUUUCACAUCCUCCAACAGUGUUUUUGUUUCAUGACGAACCGCUCUAAUUCAAUUAUAGAGCAGAGUCUGCACAGUCCCCAUUAUAGUUGUACUAAUGUUUUGUUUGUAUGCGUCAUGUCCUUUAUGGGGUGUUGGUGCACCAUCUUCAUAUGCAGCAGGUUCAGCUAGGACUGUGUGUAGACAGUAGGCACAACCAUGCAUCAGGUCCUAUCUGAGACCUUUGGUUGUAGAUCAGACUGCUAUAAUGCCAGCACACAAUGUAGCACAUUCUUGUGUAUACACCAUUCACUAUAUACCAUACUGUGUCUGUGAUGUCACCCACAAUGAAGAGGGCUGAAGGAGAUAAUUCCUGUCUUCCAAUUGGGAGGCUCUUAAGCUGACUGCUGACCAUUGGUGUGUGGGUUUUUUUUUUUUAAUGUUCUUGUAAAGUCUUAUUUUAUGGCCUUUUAUGUGGACUUAUUUUGGUAUUAGGUUCAUCUUAAAACAUCCGCAUAUAAAAAAAUAACACUUUCUUUAUAGAGACUCCAGAGCUUAUGGAGAAAGUCUAGUCCCCACAAUUGAGCCAUCACUGAUGCCAUUCUCUUGCCACACCCUUCUAGUGUUCUCGUCCCUCAGCAGAUGUGACAUUUGGUGCAAGCUUUUGCCCUAAUUUUUCUUACUAUGAAUAUUGUAUAUUACGUUCAUCAAUUUUGUCAUGUCUAACAUUUCAUUGUGUGUAUGUUGUAUGUCACUUGAUAAUUAAAAACAUCCCCUUCUGGUA